GUGUGCCUUCCCUAACCAGGUCAGUGUGAGGAGGUCCGGCUAGUGGACUGCUGACUCUGUGUUCCGAGGCUGGGAGUGGGUUCUGCAAGCCGUGGGCCAGAAGCCCGCGCGUCCUCGGGAACUACCUAUUCCCUUCCUCCUGUGCGCGGCCCCACGGGCUCGGGAAAAGGGGCCACCCAAAGGCGGGCUGGGAUUGGAGGAAGCGUCGUGAGGCUUUGAGGCACCUGACUCCAGGCUUUUCGGACCUGGUCUGGCCAGGACCCUUUUUCUUUAGACGGAAAUCUAGGGUCUGAGACCUGGGUCUGAACGCUCCGCCUUGAUCCUUCAGCGGUCGGAAGGAUCGAGCUGGAGCCGCGACCCUGCCGUUGUUUUCCUUCCAGCAUGAACCUCUGGGCCCGUUGCGCCUGGCCUGGAAGAAGAGCUCUCUCACUCUGGACACGUCCCUUAGCAGCUUCAGCUCGUCCUUGAGGAGGAUGUUGGAGACAUCAUGGGCCACGCGCUUUGUAUCUGCUCCCGGGGAACUGUCCUCAUUGACAAUAAGCGCUACCUCUUCAUCCAGAAGCUGGGGGAAGGAGGGUUCAGCUAUGUGGACCUAGUGGAGGGGUUACAUGAUGGACACUUCUACGCCCUGAAGCGAAUCCUGUGUCACGAGCAGCAAGACCGAGAGGACGCCCAGCGAGAAGCAGACAUGCAUCGCCUCUUUCAUCACCCCAACAUCCUGCGCCUUGUGGCCUACUGUCUGAGGGAGCGGGAUGCCAAGCAUGAGGCCUGGCUGCUGCUGCCUUUCUUUAAGAGAGGUACACUAUGGACCGAGAUUGAAAGGCUCAAGGACAAAGGCAACUUCCUGUCUGAGGAUCAAAUUCUUCAGCUACUACUGGGCAUCUGUAGAGGCCUCGAGGCCAUUCAUGCCAAGGGUUAUGCCCACAGAGACCUGAAACCCACCAACAUCUUGCUUGGAGAUGAAGGACAGCCAGUUUUAAUGGACUUGGGUUCCAUGAACCAAGCGUGCAUCCAUGUGGAGGGAUCCCGCCAGGCGCUGACCCUGCAAUCCCUAGGCUGUGUGCUGUAUGCCAUGAUGUUUGGGGAAGGCCCGUAUGACAUGGUGUUCCAGAAGGGUGACAGUGUGGCCCUUGCUGUGCAGAACCAACUCAGCAUUCCACAGAGCCCCAGGCAUUCACCAGCAUUGCGGCAGCUGCUGGCUUCCAUGAUGACCGUGGACCCUCAGCAGCGCCCUCAUGUCCCUCUCCUCCUCAGUCAGUUGGAGGCAUUGCAGCCCACAGCCCCUGGCCAGCACACUACCCAGAUCUGAACAGUCCAGUGGCUGCACUGAGAAGGUGGCCCCUCGUGCCUUGGGAAGAGGCUCCUAUUCUGCAUUGGAAUCUCCAUCCAUUCUAUCCAGGAUCACUCUUCUACAGUUAGGGGCCGGGGUGGGGACAGUCAUCUCAAUCUCAUAUUUUUUCCUCUGCUCUCUUAACACCCAGGGUUCCUAAUUCCCCAGCCCAAUCAAGGGACCUGACUUCUUCAGGGGUGGGCAUCGAGGUUGGAAAAGGGACGCCGAGAGAAUGUGCUAUGUGGGUCUAAGCAUGACUAUUUAAUUCACAUCAUGUUCUGCUUCCGAGUCUGGGAGCAGGAAAAUGUAUCAACAGAAGAAUAAAGUGAAGCAGGUCGGA